AUGGUGUCCAAGAGCCCCAUCGAUGCAAAGGUUGUACGUCCAGAAGUGACACGAUUAGAUGCUUCUUCAAAGGGGGGAAGGAAGAGGAAACACAAGAAGGCGUCAAAAAUCCAUGCCUCUGGCAUGGGCGACAGAGAGAAAAUGACCAUUCCGACAGGAGAUCAAAAAGAUGAAACUGCAGUUCCAACAAAGUCUGCGGAAACUCAAGGUGCAUUUGUCAAUGCUUCGAGUAUUGGUGAUGACACAGCAAAGACCGGUUACUUGGCCUCCCAAGAGACCAGCUUUGAGCAAGCAACUACGUCGGAAUCGAAGAAGACGAAUCUUGAACCAUCUCCAUCAACCGCCAAGCCGGUGUCCAGACUUUCUUCAUCCUGCAAAGCUUUGCUCACCUCUCCUCCAUCGCAUUCUCGUGCCACAAUUUCUAAAGGAGAAGGAACGGCGCGAGCAGACGUCUCUCCUACGCUAGCCAGCAAAGUGUUGGGGACCAAAGUGGCGAAUGUGGACGUCAGUAGCAUCACCGUAUUGCGUUCAAAACGUUGUGUACCAAAAAUGCCGCCACCACUGAGCAGAUCAGUGAAGACGUGGACUGUGGCUCAGGUUGCACAACUGCUGCGUGAUACGCCGAACUGUGCACCCUAUGCAGCGGCCUUCGAGGCGAAUGAGAUUGACGGCGAGGCUCUAAUUCUCCUCAAAUUCUCGCAUUUUGUCGAACCACCGUUAUGCAUGAAAGUUGGACAUGCGGCGAAAUUUGCUAUCCGCGUGUUAAAAUUGGCGGACAAUCCGUCAACCACUUUUCCUCCCUCCAGCUUUAUCGCAUCCUUUCUGGGUAGCAUGAUCUGA